GCUCGAUCGUUCCCUUGCUUUUGGAUAUAACAUAAAUGAGGCAAGCUAAUCAAGUUAGUAGUAAUGAGCAGGUCGAAAGACACUAUAAACUGUAAUCUCCUUCUCUCUUUGGCUUCCAGCUUGCUCUGAGUAUUUGGAGGCCAUGUCCACCAGCAAUCACGCUACUCCCCUCUCCUCUCAAAGGUUGGAAGGCAAGGUUGCUGCUGUAACAGGUGGAGCUUCUGGUAUCGGUGAAAGCAUCUCAAGACUCCUCAGAAAGCAUGGAGCAAAGAUUUGUGUCAUCGACAUCCAAGAUGAUCUUGGCCAUCGUCUUUGCAAGUCUCUAGGAGGUGAGCCCAAUGCAUGCUUUUUUCACUGCAAUGUGACCGUAGAAGAUGAUGUGCACCGUACCAUCGAUCUCAUCGUCGAGAAGCAUGGCACCAUCGACAUCAUGGUCAACAACGCUGGGAUCACAGGCAAGAUGGUGCCCGAUAUCCGCAAGGUCAAUUUGGAUGAAUUCAAGAAGGUGUUCGACGUGAACGUGCACGGCGUAUUCUUAGGAAUGAAGCACGCAGCGCGUGUGAUGGUUCCUCAGAAGAAGGGCUCGAUAGUGUCGGUGGCCAGUGCAGCGAGCAUAGUCGGAGGGAUGGGUCCGCACGGGUACACAGGAUCCAAGCACGCAGUACUGGGGCUCACCAGAAAUGUGGCGGCGGAACUUGGGGAGCAUGGGAUACGUGUGAAUUGUGUCUCGCCGUAUGCAGUGCCGACCGGCCUCACGCUACCCCACUUCCCGGGGAGUACGAGCAAGGUUGGGGUGAAGGGAUUUCUGUCCUACGUGGGUGGUCAUGCGAACUUGAAGGGCGUGGACCUGCAUAAAGAUGAUGUAGCAAAUGCUGUGCUCUACCUGGCAAGUGAUGAAGCCAAGUACGUCAGUGGGUUCAACCUCAUGGUUGAUGGGGGUUUCACUUGUGUGAACCACUCUUUUCCAAUAUUUAGAAGGGGAUAUUUGGCUAAUAAGCUCCUCUCUUGGUGAUGCAAGUUCAGUUGGCAGGCUUUCUUGUUGUUCGAAUUUAAGUUGAUUAAGACUCUGGAUGCAUGCAUACCUACUACAAUACAUUAUAAUCAUCAGAAAAACCUACUACAAUAAAUUCAGAUCACGAAAGUGUAAGAGUUAUAUAUUAUGUGCUGGAUCACUGUCGUGUUUGCUUGUUUAAGAUAACUACAAAAUAUGUAAAGGAUGUUGCAACGAUCCGUUUCUAAGUUGGCAACAUCUCGCUGUAUGUUUGGAAAAAAUUUACUUUCGAAACAGAAUAUUGUGUCUUUA